AUGGAUUUUCUGGUCGUACCGCUAGAUUCACAAUGUGCUCAACCAACUAAUACUCUUGGUCCGCCAAACUUGGAGGUCGCCACGAAUUUAGAUAGCUGUACUGAAUCCGAGGGGACGUUCAAGAAGAUAUCGAAUUGGCUUACGGCAUGCAAUCCAACCGAUCAUCCCUACUGUGAUCCUUCACUAGGCCCAUUGACUCUUCCAAAGCGACUCCUCGACAUCCGGAUACCGGGUCGGGUUCGACUCCACUGUACCGAUGACUUGGCAAAAAUUGGUGAUACUCUCACUGGAAAAACCGCAUCCUCUUCAUAUGUCACUCUGAGUCAUUGCUGGGGCAAAGUGAUGCCGCUCGCUCUAACUAUAGCCACUGAGCCGAGCCUGGCUGCCGGUGUGGAAGAGACAGGUUUACCCCAAACUUUCCGGGAUGCCGUCGCUGUUGCCAGGAAAUUUAGUGUCGACUACAUAUGGAUCGACUCCCUCUGUAUUCUACAGGACGAUCCUGCGGACUGGCGUAUAGAAUCGCAGAAGAUGGGCCAUGUCUACGGUGGAUCUUACUUUAACAUUGCCGCAAUGGGGGCAGCGAAUUCUUCUCACGGCCUGUUCUUCCGACGCAGCACCUCAGUGCUACAGCCCUGUCAUGUGAGCGUACCACGCACACACAGCUGGUUUGGGGAAAGCAGUGGCCCGAGGACGUGUCUUGUCUACGCGGACUCCUACUACAACAUGGUCAAAGGGUUCGCCCCACUUCUCAAGCGAGGCUGGGUGGUUCAGGAACGAUUUCUUAGCAGACGCUCGAUUCAUUUUGCUCGGCAACAGGUGUUCUGGGAGUGUUUCCACACAUAUGCCUGCGAGGAUAUCGUGAAACUCUUCACCGCAUGUGCACUCACAUACCAAAAGGACAAACUCCCUGCAGUUGCUGGGAUCGCGUAUUCUUUGGCUUCAGAUGGGAGGCAUGGCAGCUACCUCGCUGGACUGUGGACGGAGGGAUUCUUCAGCGAUUUAUUACGGAGACCACACUUCCAAUAUAAGAUCCAAAGGCAGGAGGUGUACCGCGCUCCAACUUGGUCCUGGGCUUCCCUUGACGGUCCUGUGAUUUGGAGAGAUAUCGAGAACUUUGUCGUAGGGAGCACUCUACGACGUUUGGACGCUUCCGUUGUCGGCCUUCUCGUUCAACCCACUGGAGCGUCCGCCAGGGAGUAUCAUCGCCUUGGUUGCUUUCAAAUGAAGCGGCCGGAUCUGACGACGGAGGACUCUCCGGUCUUCUAUGGGGUGGAACCACUCGCCGCGGAGCGAUUCGGGACGGUAGCGCCAGGGACAUUCUCAGCGGUAUGCGAGGCGUCAGCAUUGUCGCGUCGGCACUCUCCAUUUCGAUUCUGGCACGAAGUCGAGCACCCUUACGUUGCUUCCUCAAUUCCGUGUUUGGCCCAUUGCCACGAUAACUGCCUCUUUCCAAUCUCCAGUCCCAUAUCCCAGCCCUCCCACCAAGUGCCAUAG